AUGAUAGAUAAUGAAGAAAAUAUUGAUGUUGAUAUAGAUUUAGAAGAGCAUUUUCAAAAUUUAUUAAAGUCAAAUGAAUUUAUUGAAGAUAAUAUUUUAGAAAGCUCCAAACAAUUGGACAAUUUGAAUAGUUCAGAAGAUGUUGAAAAGGAACUGCAAGAAAGAUUGCAAAAAAAUAUACUAGAUAGAAGUGAGGAAUCACAUUUUAAUCAUUUAGAAACAUAUGAAGAAACAAUUAAAGAGUCACCAGGAAAUUCAUCAAAUAUCUCUGAUAUUGGUAGAAGCAGUAUGGAUAAAGAAUUUGAUAUUAUUAGUCAUAUAAAAGAAAGGUCCAAAUCAUUUCCAUACAUUUACAAUUCUUCUAUGGAAAUUAGCCAAAAAUCAGGUUUUGGAUACAUUGUUUUUGUUAUUCAAGCAUUAGAGAUUAUUCUUGCAACUAAAGAAGCUAAAAAAAAUGGACAACUUAAAGACAUUGUUUCUAAAACCUUGGAUGCUAUAAAAACAAAUGCAUCUCCAUCACCGAGCACUAUAUUGAAACCCUUACAAUGCGCAUGUUCAACAUUUUCUUCUCAAUGUACUAUACCCGCUUUAGAUUGUUUAUCAAAACUUUUAUCGUACUCUUUUUUCGUUGAUCCUUCACCAUCAAUACAACCAUAUGAUGAUACUAACUCAGAACAAGAAGCAACUAAAUCUACAAUUCCUAUCAUGGAGCAAGUUAUUGACACUAUUUGUAAUUGUUUUCAAGGAGAUAUUACUGAUCCACAUGUACAGUUACAAACAGUAAAAGCCUUACUUGCUGCUGUAUUAAAUGAAAAUCCAAAAACAAUCAUUCAUCAAAAUACUCUUUUAAAAGCAAUUCGUCAAACAUAUAACAUAUUUUUAUUAAGCAAAGAUACUUCCAAUCAAAUAAUAAUACAAGGAAUUCUAACUCAAAUGGUUCAUACUAUUUUUGGAAGAGUUAAAAUAAGAUUUGUAGAGAAUUCGAAAAAUAAUAGCUUUUCUGAAACUAUUUCUUCGCCAUUUUCUUUUUCAGAAGAAAAAAAUAAAUCUUCUCAGCUUAAUAUUGAUGUUAUAGAUUAUGAAACACAUCAUUCUACAAUAGAAACACUUAAUAUAGAUGUUAUUCAGAAAAAAUUAACAAAUUUGAAGACAGAUUCUUCAGAAAAAAACAUCUUUAACUCAUUUGAAGGUCUUAAGUCACCUCAAAAUCCAUGUGACUUAAAUAAAAAAGAACAGCAAAUGCUUGACGAAAAUCAACUUUUUAUAAGAGAUGCCUUUAUUCUUUUCCGAAUUCUUUGCAAAUUAUCUGUAAAACAGUCUCCUUACGAAAAUAUUACUGAUUUGAGAUCACACUCUAUGAGAUCAAAACUUCUUUCAUUACAUUUGAUAUAUUCUAUUUUAAAUAGUUACAUGGAAAUAUUUACAUCUAAAAAUAUUAAAAUUUAUAUAUUUUCAACAUCUAUUGCAUUUACAGAAGCAAUUAAAGAAUAUUUAUGUCUUACAUUAACAAGAAAUUUUGUCAGUCCAGUUCAACAAGUAUUUAAUAUUAGUUGUGAAAUAUUUUGGAAGAUGAUAGGUUCUAUGAGAAUGAUGUUAAAGGUCGAAAUCGAAGUAUUUUUAAAAGAGAUUUUUCUUCCUAUAUUAGAGAUGCGUAAUUCAACCUAUCAACAAAAACAGACAUUACUUGAAAUUUUACAAAGGAUAUCAAAUGAUCCUAAAGUUCUUGUUGAAGUUUAUUUAAAUUAUGAUUGUGAUCGUGCUGCGAUUAUAAAUAUUUUAUCUAAAGUAGCAACUUCGUCUUUACAAACAAAUCAAUAUCAACAACAUGCAGUAAAAGUAUCUAAUAAAUCAUCCAUCAAUUCGCCUUUACCCAUAUCUCCAUUACCUAUUCUAACAACAUCUGAACAUUUGGAAAAUAAUUUAAUUACAAUGGAAUAUAACUUAAAAUUAAAAUCUUUAAGAUGCAUAGUUUCUAUUCUUCAGUCACUUAUAUCAUGGUCUCAAGAAGGUGUUAAAACAGCUACUACUGAAUUCAAAGAAUUACCUUUAAAUGAAAGUAAUAACAACUCUAAUGAACGUGUAUAUGAUUUUAGACGAUCUCUAACCAUUGGACCUAUUGUUUCAGACUCUAUUGAUUAUUCUAAUAAACUAAAAAGUAAUACCUUAGAUGAUCCUGAGAUAUUUGAAGCUUUAAAACAUAGAAAAAAUAUUCUUUUUGAAUGUAUUAAAAAGUUUAAUUCCAAACCUCAAAAGGGUAUUGAAGCUUUAUACGAACAUAAAUUUAUUAAGUCUUUGUCUCCUAACGAUAUUGCAGCUUUUUUAUAUGAAACAGAAGGUUUGAAUAAAACAGUGUUAGGAGAAUAUCUUGGAGAAGGAGAUACUGAAAAUAUUUCAAUAAUGCAUUCGUUUGUUGAUCUUAUGGAUUUUUCUCGAAUGUCAUUUGUAGAUGCACUUAGGAAAUUUCUUCAAUUUUUUAGACUUCCUGGAGAAGCUCAAAAAAUAGACCGUUAUAUGCUUAAAUUUGCUGAACAUUAUAUAAAUUGUAAUCCAGGAGCAUUUGCAAAUGCAGAUACAGCAUAUAUCUUAGCCUACUCUGUUAUAAUUUUAAAUACAGAUUUACAUAACCCUCAUAUUAAAAAACGUAUGUCUUUAAAUGAUUUUAUAAAAAAUACUGGCAAAAUAAAUGAUGAAGAAUCUCUUUCUGAAAAAUAUUUAACUGAAAUAUAUGAAGAAAUAUUAAGUAAUGAAAUUGUACUUAAGGAUGAGCAAGAUGCUGCUCUUAUUUCUGGAUUAGCACAUUCAUCUUAUGGUUUUGCAUCAAAUAUUAGUAAUAUUUUAGGAAUAAUUGGUAGAAAUAUUCAGCGUGAAACGUAUAUGACUGCUUCAGAAGAAAUGGCUAAUAAAACUGAGACACUUUUUAAAAACAUUCUUAAAGCUCAAAAAGAAGGCCUUUUAAAACCAACAUCAAUUUAUUAUAGUGCUUCUCAUUUUGAACAUGUUGGACCUAUGUUUGAAAUUGCAUGGAUUCCAAUUUUAGCUAGUAUAUCCGAUCUUUUGCAAUCACAAGAUGAUUCCUCCAUUGUUUCAUUGUGUCUUGAAGCAUUUAAACUUGCUAUACAAAUAUCAUGUUUAUUUGAUCUUAAAUUUGCAAAAAAUGCAUUUAUUAGCACUUUAACGAAAUUUACAAACCUUGGAAAUCUAAAUGAAAUGAAAAUAAAGAAUGUUAAUAGUAUUAAGGCUCUCUUAGAAAUAGCACUUUCGGAAGGAAAUAGUUUAAAUGAAUUAUGGAAAGAUGUAUUAAUAUGCGUUAGCCAAUUAGAAAGAUUUCAACUCAUAAAUUCUGGUGUUGAUGAAUUUUUUAUUCCUGACAUUGGAAAUGCAAAAAUAAAAACACAAACAUCUCCAAAUGGAUCUCAACGAAAUCAAUCAUUUCAACUAGGUCGUUCAAGUUUACGUUUGAAACUAAAUUCUCAAAUUACAUAUAAUAAAGCAGUUGCCGAGGAAGCCGGAUCAAGAGAAGUUACUCAUCUCGUAGAUAAAAUAUUUACGCAAAGUGCUCAUUUGUCAGGAAACGCUAUUAUAGACUUUGUUCGUGCAUUAAGUGAAGUUUCUUGGGAAGAAAUACAAUCUUCUGGAUCAAGUGAAAGUCCUAGAAUGUUUAGUCUUCAAAAACUGGUAGAAAUAUCCUACUAUAAUAUGGCUAGAAUUCGCAUGGAAUGGUCGAAUUUAUGGAUUAUUUUGGGUAAACAUUUUAAUAAAGUCGGAUGUCUUCAAAAUACUGUUGUAGUAUUUUUUGCUUUAGAUUCUUUACGCCAAUUAGCAAUGAGAUUUUUUAAUACAAAGGAACUUUCGUAUUUUAAAUUUCAAAAGGAUUUUUUAAAACCUUUCCAAUAUAUAUUAGUAAAUAACCCCAUUGAGAAAGUAAAAGAAAUGGUUUUAAUUUGUUUACAACAAAUGAUACAAGCACGUGCAAAUGAUAUUCGUUCUGGUUGGAGAACAAUGUUCACUGUAUUUCAAUUUGCAGCACGAGAAGAACAUGAAAAUAUUGUUAAUUUUUCAUUUGAUAUAGUUAAACAACUAUCUAAAGAAAAUUUGGAUAUUAUUGUAUCUCAAAAUAGUUUUGCAGAUCUUAUUAUUUGUCUUACAGAGUUUUCAAAAAAUGACAAAUAUCAAACAAUUAGCUUAGAAUCAAUGAAACUUCUUAAGUCAAUUAUUGAUAAAGUCUUAGAAUAUCAGGAAUCACCACUAAUGGAUAAAAAUCAAGAAAAAAGUUUAGAUGAUGAUUCUAUGAUUAAAUAUUGGUUCCCUGUUUUAUUUGGCUUUUAUGAUAUUCUUGUGACGGGUGAAGAUUUAGAAACUAGAUCUAGAGCUUUAAAUUAUUUAUUUAACAUAUUAAUUUUAUAUGGCACUAAUUAUACAUCAACAUUCUGGGAUACUGUAUGUAGACAAUUACUUUUUCCGAUAUUUAUUAUACUUAAAUCUCAAUCUGAAACAUUUAAAGUUAAUGCACAAGAGCAUUUAAAUUCUUGGAUUUCUAAUAUAAUGAUUCAAAGUCUUUUAAAUAUAGUAGAAUUACUGGAUAAAUAUUUUGAUAUUCUUGAGAAAAUGUUAGAUGUAUUUCUUGAAUUUUUGGUUACUUGUACAUGUCAGGAAAAUGAUAUAUUAGCAAAAACUAGUAUUAGUUGUUUUCAGCAGUUAGUUUUGCGAAAAGUAGAUGCUUUAAAAGAUAAUCAUUGGUGUCAAAUUGUUAAUACUUUUGAAAUAUUGUUUGAAACUACUACAGCUCAUGAGCUUUUCAAAUUUACUCCCACUGAUGAACUAGAAAGUAUAAAUAACAUCGAAAUUGAUUCUAAUAAAAUUGAAACAUCAAUAGAAACUCAGAAGCUCAGUAAUAUUUCACUCAACAAUCUUUUUUCUCCAAUUAGACAACUACAAAUGUUUGAUACACUUAAUGAAAAUAACAUAAUUGAGCCUCAUCAACUUUCUAUUCCUCAAAGGAAAAAGUCAAGAAGUUUAAUAUUAAAAUGUAUUAUUCAAUUGUUCUUAAUUGAUUCACUGGGUGAAAUUUUUAAAAACAAUGAUGUUUUUCUUAAGAUUCCUUUAAAAGAACUUUUACGUAUAAUAAACAUAUUAGAAAAUAGUUGGAAUUUUGCACGGCAAUUUAAUAGUGAUAAACAAUUGAGAAUAAAUUUAUGGAAAAAUGGUUUUAUGAAAAAUUUACCUAAUUUAUUACGACAAGAGACCAAUAGUGUAUCAGUUUGUUUUACAAGUCUUUUUAAAAUAUAUUUUGAUACUUCUGACAAAAUUGUUGAUAAAGAUGUUGUUAGGAAAAGGCUUAUUAUGAUUUUCAAAAAAGUUCUUGUAGUAUAUUGUUCUUUAGACAUAGAGUCACAAUUACGAAAUAUCCAAGCAUGGAAACAUGUCAUUGUAGAAAGUUUGAAUGCUUUUAUGAAAUUUGAAGAUGUUGAUUUUGUAGAGUAUAUUAAGGAGUUUUAUGAAUUUGGACUUAAUAUUCUUGGAAGAGACGGUAUCGAUAGCGAAAUAAGAAUUGUUCUUAGAGAAUUAUUUAAAAAAAUAGGUGAUAUUCUUCUUAAAAACAAAGAACAAUAA